GAGACAAAGGAGGCGCUCAACAGGCUGCACAAAAUGGGUCAAUUUGAAAGCAUGAGCUUUGACCCCUUGGGAAAUGACGUGGAGAGAGCUGUGCAAGUGGGCAGAGAGCACUGGGACUACAUCCUUGAAGAGGGCUGGAGAUGGGCACUCUCAGCUGUGAUCGGCAUCACGAUGGGAACACUUGCUUUCUUGAUCGAUUUUGGAAUUGAGUCCCUCAACACAUGGAAGUUCAACACAACUCUGGAUGCACUGGAGAAGCACGGGGGUUUUUGGUGGCCGUACUGCACAUUUGUGGGCAUUGCCGUGAUUUAUGCGACAAUUGCAGGCGGUCUCGUGUCUUAUGUGGAGCCCCUUGCUGCAGGCAGUGGAAUUCCAGAGAUCAAGACUUACCUCAAUGGUGUCCACAUCAAGGGGCUGCUCCGCCUGAGGACCCUGAUUGCAAAGCUGGGCAGUGUGAUGUUUUCAAUAUCCGGAGGCCUGGUUGCAGGCAAGGAGGGGCCCUUCGUGCACGGAGGCGGGGUUGUGGGUGGUGGACUGGGCAGCAUGGGCUCCAAGCACCUGACCGACAUAACCAAGAAGAAAAUUGACAUCAGGAUGAGCAGGAAGUUCGGAGGGUACUUCAGGAACCACGCGGACCACAGGGAUUUUGUUGCCAUCGGCACUGCAGCUGGUGUGUCAACUGCCUUUGCAGCACCAAUAGGCGGGCUGUUGUUCACCAUAGAAGAAGGGGCAUCCUUUUACAGCCUGGCAACUGUCCUCUGGAGAGGGUUUCUGGCAACAUGCACUGGAAUUGCCACCCUUCGAUUCUUGGCAGAAGUGCGGGCAGACGCUGGGGUGGCGAUGUGGAGUUCCCAGCUAGGCACCAAACGGGACUUUGGCCUCUACAGCGAUGGCUACGCAAACUAUGGCAGGAACCUUUACUACUUUCUGUGGGAGCUGCCCCUUUACUUGCUCCUUGGUGGGAUGGGGGGUGUUUUGGGAGCUCUAUUCAUCGCCAUCAACGUCCACAUCACACGACUGCGCCAGAAGUUCAUACCUGUCCGUGCGCCCAACCGGCGGCUUGUGGAGGUCAUGUUUGUGGCAGCAGUCACAAGCUCCAUUGCCUUCUGCCUGUGCUACAUCUCCCCAUGCAGGGAGCUGCCAGCAGAAACGGAUCGAGUCUUUCUCAAGCCCAGGGAUGACAAUGACCAGGAGCGUUUCUACCAAGGGGGUGGGCAGUUGGAUUACUUCCCCCGGCUGUGGUGCCCCAAGGACCACUACAGUCUGUGGGGCCAGUUCUUCUUCACUCCACUCACAGAGGCCCUCCGCUUGGUGUUCCACAUGGGAGAGCCCUUCCCCGACGCACACCCCCAGUGGGAGUUUGAGUCCAGCAGCCUGUUCAUCCUGUUUGCGUAUACGUUUGGGCUCAUGACAUGGACGUAUGGUGUGGGUGCUGCCACAGGCCUGUUUGUGCCAUCGCUCACUGUUGGUGCAACAUCCGGAAGACUGGUGGGCAGACUUGUGAAAAUUACCCUGGACAGGCUAGGUGUGAGCAAGGUGCGCGUGUCUCUUGGGUCGUAUGCCAUCAUUGGUGCGGCUGCCUCCCUGGGUGGCGCCACACGCAUGACGAUCUCCAUCGUGGUGCUGGUCAUGGAGACCACGGGUGCCCUGGAGCUACUGGUGCCCAUCAUGAUGGCCGCCUGGGUCGCCAAAAUGGUUGGAGACUCUCUUGGCAUGGGAAUUUAUGACACCCACAUCGAGUUGCGUGGAGUGCCGCUCCUGAACGAGGAUUCCCAGGACUAUGACUCCCGCAUGGUGCAUGACGAGCUGGCAGUGAGUGAGCUGAUGUCCAGCGAAAUGGUGCUGGUACCACCUGUCAUCCGAGUAGGUGACAUCGUCUCAACACUCACCAAAUUUCCGCACGGCGGCUUCCCUGUGAGCAAGAUGGCAACUGACCCCAUCGGGCCUGUGAGCAGCCCUGUUCCAGUGGACGGUGUCAUCACACGGUCCCUUCUGCUCAGGCUGCUACAACGGCGUGUGGGACUUGUGCGCAAGGGCCCAGACUCAGCACCGGAGGGUGACUUCCUGGUCCCUACAGACCGAAAGGAAGUCCUUGAGCUGCAUGCCAGCAUCGAACCGUACCCCAUGAGGAUAUGCCCAAGAACCGACCAGGCCGCGAUCCUUCGGAACAUCACCGAAGAUGAUAUGGAGGACUUCAUCGACUUGAGGCCCUUCAUGCAGAGGCAUCCAUUCUUUGUGCAUGCUGACUCCAGCUUGACGCGCGCCCAUCGCCUGUUCCGUACCAUGGGUCUCCGCCACCUGUUCGUGGUGCCCCCAGCGCCCAUGGUGGUCGGCAUGCUUACUCGAAAGGACAUCAUCCGUGAGAACGCAAUCGUGGCCCUGGAGGAGAAGGCCAACCUGGAGAUAAGGAGGAAGCACAAGAUCAGGAUCCGACAGAAAAUCAGCAGAAGAGGUGUGAAGAAGAUGCUCCGCUUCAUGCCAGAGACCUGCACGGCUGAGGGCACUGGUACGGCAGUGAAGGGCGCCGAUGACGACUACAUUGCCAGCAUUGCCCGCCACAGGGCGGGCUCAUUCGAGCUGGUCGACGGAUCGGCCGAGGCGCUGGCCAUCCGACAGAUGGUCCAGGAGGUGGAGGCCGAGCAGAGUGGCGAAUCGCGGGAUGGUUCUGGGUCGAACUAG